CCUGAAGCCAAUUUCAGCCAGUUUGUGACAGGAGCCUGAACGUCCAGAAGAGACUCCUAGGACUCCAGCAUCCUCCUGCUGGCCGCACAAGGCAGGCACCAGAAGUGUGCUCGGAAAACAAGAUCGCCACGACCAAAUACCCGUGUCUGAAGUCUUCGGGCGAGCUCACCACGUGCUUCAGGAAAAAAUGCUGCAAAGGAUAUAAAUUUGUUCUUGGACAGUGUAUUCCAGAAGAUUAUGACAUUUGUGCCCAAGCUCCCUGUGAACAGCAUUACCGAUAUGACCGCGAGAGACACCAAAAGCGGGAGAAGCCUUACUGCCUGGAUAUUGACGAAUGUGCCAGCAGCAACACCACUCUGUGUACACACAUCUGUAUCAACACCAUGGGCAGCUACCACUGUGAGUGCCGGGAGGGCUAUGUCCUUGAAGACGAUGGGAAGACCUGCACCAGGGGAGACAAAUACCCCAACGACACUGGACACGAAGAGAAGGCCGAGAAUGAGGUGAAAGCUGGGACUUGCUGUGCCACAUGCAAGGAGUUCUCCCAGAUGAAGCAGACAGUGCUGCAGCUGAAGCAGAAGAUUGCUUUACUUCCCAACAAUGCUGCCGAGCUGGGCAAGUAUGUCAAUGGUGACAAGGUGCUAGCCUCAAACACCUACCUUCCAGGACCUCCUGGCCUGCCUGGAGGGCAGGGCCCACCCGGUUCACCAGGACCCAAGGGGAGUCCUGGAUUCCCUGGUAUGCCAGGCCCUCCAGGACAGCCUGGCCCACGGGGCUCAAUGGGACCUAUGGGACCAUCUCCUGAUCUGUCUCACAUUAAGCAAGGCCGGAGGGGCCCUGUGGGCCCACCAGGAGCACCAGGAAGACAUGGCUCCAAGGGGGAGAGAGGAGCACCUGGGCCCCCAGGGUCUCCGGGACCCCCGGGUUCUUUCGAUUUCCUGCUGCUUGUGCUGGCUGACAUCCGAAAUGAUAUUGCCGAGCUGCAGGAGAAGGUGUUCGGGCACAGGACUCACUCUUCAGCAGAGGAUGUUCCUCUACCUCAGGAAUUUUCCAGCUACCCGGAGACUCUGGACUUUGGAUCUGGGGAUGACUAUUCCAGAAGAACUGAAGCGAGAGACUCUGAGGGCCCCAGAAACUUUUAUCCAUAGCACGUCCCAUGUCUUCAUGUCACCAAAAGAGAAACUUCGUCCAGUCAAAGCAUCCAAAGGGGAAAAAAUACCACUGGAGGCCUAAAGCCUAAGUCUGUCUUCCUGUCCUCCAUCUACUCUGCUUCCAAAUCCUGUUCUCCAAGUGUCCUGCACAUCUCCUGCACUAGGAGGACGUGAUGGGUUAACUUGCUAUUCUUGAGGAGCCACUGGGUAGUUGUCAUCAGAAUUUCCUUGACAUCCUAGUUUUUUCAGGAACUUUUGAGUUUCUAAGUAAAUGCUCCCACAGAAUCUUAAACUUUGAGAGAAUGCCAAAAGGGAGGAAUGGCAAAGUGGGCUCUCAGAAGUGUAAGGCUCAUUCUAAAAAGAAAAUUGUAUAAAAUACUUGACUACUUACCCUGUACUGUCAGAGUAUGACUGGGGGUAGAAAGAGUACAAUGUAGAUUGGUGUUGGUUUAAAAAAAAAAAAAAGACUGUUCCUUAG